CCUAAGGAGGAUGGAGGGGGCGAAGCGAGAGCUGCGCAUCCUGCUGGCGCCCUUCUCGGAGGAGGCGCAGGACUCCCUGCGGGAGGCGGCCCGGGUGCAGCUGAGCGGAGGCCAGGAUGCUCUGGGCAGCCUCCUGGCCUCUGGCGGGAUCUACCUGCAGUCGCUGGUGCCGGGCAGCGGCGGCCGGGCCCGGGGCAGCGUUAUCUCGGGAGACUGGGCUGACUUCAUGUGGGAGAGUACAGAAGAUUAUGAUCUGCAAGCAGACAAGACAAAAAUACUGACUCUUAGUAAAAGUCAUGAACUGUUUGUCUAUGAAUUCACUAUAGAAGAUGGAAAAUACAACCCGAUUUCCCUGCACAGUUGUAAGGAAGAUACACUUAAAAAGUUCCUUGAAGUUAAUAAUAUUAGUCUUUCUUCAGUUUGUUCUUCAAAGAUCCUUUCUUUUAAGGACAGCACAUGCAUACUUCUGCUCAAUAACUUUAUUCUUGUGCACUUUACUUUUCCUGGAGAAGACUCGCACUUAGAGGCGUGUGACUGCUUUACCCUUGAUAUGCCUCCACAAGUUUUGGAAAGAAUAACAGAUACUAAUUUCUGCAGGGGAAUUCUGUUUUUGUUAGAUAGUUCAGGCUGGAUUUAUAUUUUUGAUUCUUUUGAUGGUGCACGUCUAGCAACCAUUGACAUAGCACUCUGUCAGCGAGACGUGGAGGGUGAGGACAGGAGUAAAACCAUCCCAUUGCCACUCACUGCAGUAAAAGUGUCACAUGAUCUCAGUGUUGCUGUGAUCAUCAGUUCUUCCAACUGUGCCAUUUCUGUGGAUCUAAAUGUGUAUUUCAGACAGUUCCCUGAACAUUUGCUCUGUAAGAGAGAUCCUGAAAAUCUUCCCGUGAGGCCACCUGAAGGACUUGAUGAGGAUGACCUUGCUAGUUCUGAUUAUAGUAUGGAGCUUAUGACAUUGUCUUUCCGGACAGACAGGUCCUGGAAGGCACACUUAGCCUCACUGUGUAAUGUCAUAAGGAAAAGAAAACCCGAUUAUCCAAAUUUGGUGUAUGGCCAUUUGCCUUGGUACCAGUAUUUUCCCCAUGUUGAAUAUCAUGAUUCUGUAAUCUAUGAAAGUUCUGAGAACGCCAUGGCCAUUGUUCCAGAGGAUGUUACCUGUGUCCUUUCCAAACAAUUGCAAAAUGAUGGUUCAGAUAUCAGUGAUGGAAGACAGCAGUGGAAACAAAUACCUCUUGAAGGAUCACAAGAAAUGAUGAAAUUGGAGUGUAAAUCUGUGACUGCAUUUAAAGCGCUAUUUGUAGUAUUAACAAGUGACAAAGAAUUGACUGUUGCUGCCUGGAAUUUAGAAUCACAAGAUGUGACGUAUUACCACUUCGGCAAAAAUUGUGUUUUUGUGGAUUGUAGUGAAGCACCAUUAUGUUUACUUCUGACAGAGCAUGGUUUCUCCUUAAUUCUCUUCAGUUUAACUCAAGAAGAGUUCUUGAAUAGAUUGAUGAUCUAUGGCAGUGCUGGAGUUGUAGAUGCUGUUUGUCAUCUCAAUGGAUGGGGACGAUGUUCGAUUCCUAUACAUGCGCUGGAGGCUGGUUUGGAGAACCGUCAGCUAGACACAGUAGACUUGUUUUUAAAAAGCAAAGAAAGUCUUUUCAGUCUUUCUACAUCCUGUUCUGGACCUGAACAGUCUACUGAUACUGCAUCCCAGUUGUUCCUGAAAAAUUUGGAAGAGCUGAGGCCAGCCUUAAAUUUACUUUGCUCAGCAAUCAGAGAAAAUAACUUGGAGACUCAAAGUAAACACUUUUCUGAGCAGCUGCUAAACCUCACAUUGACUUUCCUUAACAAACAACUUGAAGAGAUUUUUUUGCAUACAGAGGAGCUUGAUGAAUACCUGCAGAAGGCUGCAAAUAUUUUAUCAGAUUACAUUAUUGACCUUAGAACAUUUAUAAUCAAGCUUCCUCGACUGCAGACAAAUACCAUACACAUAGGAAGUGAUCUUGAGGAGGACAUGCCCAUAAUAGAGGAAAGUCAAAUGUGGGAGAAACUAACAACAGAGGAAGUCAUUGCUGAUGCCAUUUUAAGCAACAAAGUACCAGAGGCCCAGACCUUCUUCCAUAUGCGUCAGCAUCCUGCUCAAAAUAUUCAGGAAUUUAUUCAGACAGGUUUAAAUCUGGUCUAUGACCGUCUUCUGAAGGAUAAUUCCAGAGAAGCCUCAGAACUUUUAAGAAACAUGGGUUUUGAUGUAAACGAAGAACUGCAUAAGAUAUGUUUCUACACAGUCAAUAAAAGUGUACGAGAUUUGUUGGUGAAAGUUUUACAAGAAGAAAAUUAUCUUUCUGAAAAAGAGAAGAAAAUGAUAGACUUUGUGCAUCAAGUUGAAAACUUUUACUCAGAAUCCUUCCAAGAAAAUAAAGAGAUUCAAUCUCUUUCCAGUUUCACGAACUGGAGAAAGGAACAAGAACUUUCCAGACAUACAGCUGUUUUAGACUCAUUCCUGAAUUGUGAUAAACAUCAGGUUCACAGUAGAGAAUUCAGAGUGAUGUUUAACUGGGCUCAGUGGUGGGAUGAGCUUAUUCAGGAAAUGAUUCUUCUCCCCAGAAAAACACGUGAAGAAUUCAAGACCUGUAAUCCUGAGGUUCUUUGGAGGCACCUGACAGCCCAGCAUGAUUGGCUUAGUCUUUGUUCAUGGAUUGAAGAAUCUGAGCCUCAGCAGAAUUCAUAUGGACCAGUUAACUGGCCCCUUUUGAAUCCAGACAUUAUUGACCAAAACAUGUUAUGUAGUGGCUUCAUGAGAAAUGAAAUAUUAAACAAACUAGCUAGAAAUGGAAUUUUUGUCCUUUCUGAGUUAGAAGAUUUUGAACUUCUGCUUCAAAGAUUGUCUUACCUUGGGGGAGUAAUGCAAAAUCCUCACCCUGUCCCAAAAUUCAGUACUACAAGUGGUUUGGACUUCCAUACUCGUUUUGUUCUUCACUGUUUAGAACAUAAUUUGCAGUAUCUGUUAUACACUUACUUAGACUAUUACAGUUUAACUGCUUCAAACUGUCCUAUUUUGGAUAACAAGGAAUUGCAUGAAGCUCAUCCCUGGUUUGAAUUUCUUGUGCGAUGUCGAGGGGUUGCCAGUAACCCACGAGAUCCAAAGAUGAUUUUUCAGGCCAGUCUAGCAAAUGCUCAGAUACUGAUUCCUAGUAAUCAAGCCAGUGUGAACAGCAUGUUACUGGAAGGGCGUACAUUAUUAGCACUCGCAACCACAAUGUAUGCACCUGGAGGUAUUGAUCAGGUUCUUCAGAAUGAAGAUACAGAAAGAACUGUAAAGAAAGUUGAUCCACAGCUCUUAAAAAUGGCAUUGACUCCUUACCCCAAGCUCAAAGCUGCUCUCUUUCCCCAGUGUACUUCCCAUGGAAUUUUGCCACCUGACAUCUCUCUCUAUCAUCUGGUUCAGUCAUUAGUGCCCUUUGAUCCCACUAAAUUGUUUGGCUGGCAGUCAACAAAUACUCUUGCUUUAUCAGAUACAUCAAGUGACUUUCCUCAUUUUUCUUCCCCUGAGCUGGUGAACAAAUAUGCUAUAAUGGAACGACUAGAUUUUUUGUACUAUUUGCACCAUGGACGUCCAUCGUUUGCUUUUGGUACAUUUUUGGUCCAGCAGUUAAUAAAGAGCAAAUCCCCCAAACAGUUGAUUCAGCAAGCAGGAAAUGAAGCCUAUAUUUUGGCCCUUUCUUUCUUUCAUAUACCUUCAAUAGGAGCAGCCUGUGUUUGUUUUCUAGAAUUGCUUGGUCUUAACAGCCUCAAGCUCAGAGUUGAUAUUAAAGUUGCAAACAUUAUUCUCAAUUAUAAAACUAGAAGUGAAGAAUCUCAGCACAGUCCAAUAAGAGACUCUUUUGUUGAAAAGUUAACAAAAUUGUCUGAAGGUGAAAAAGAAGCAGCAGCAGAAAUUCUUACCUGCUUGGAAGAAGCCUUUUGGGAUACAAUUGAGCAUCAAGGAAUAAAUAAGAUCUCUAAUGACUCUAGAAGGCAGUGGUCUUUGGUAAUGCAAUUCUGUAAACUCCAUAAUACCAGACUGAGUACAUCGUACUUAAAGGAGUGUGCUAAAUCUAAUGACUGGCUGCAAUUCAUCAUUCAAACCCAGCUGUACAACUACCAGCCAGAUGAGGUCAUUUCUAUCCUUCAAGAUUUCACUCCCAUUUUACAAGAUCACUUGACACUGGCAUUGGAGAAGUUACCAUUUUUGUGCCCUGAUCUAGGAAGUCCUCAGAACAGUGCUACCAGUAUGUCUGAGAGCAAAAAUGAGGAUAGUUUGUUCCAAAUCCUUUUUCGGUGUCAGGGGAACUCCAACCCUUCAUGUUACCUUUUGACUGAAGGAAUGAAGCAGAAUGCUCCCUUACUGGGUGUGUUAGCAGCAUGUUUUCAAGAUGCUAACAUUAUCCAUUGCCUCUGUGUUUGGAUACUUACUACUGUGGAUAAUGUUACCAGAGCUGAAGCAACAAACCAUAUUCAAAGCUCAGUGGAAAAUCAUGAAUGGGAUCUUUAUGACCUAUCAGUUAUCUGGAAGGUGUUUUUAAGAAAGGAAAAAAGUAAAAUACUUACAAAUGGCUUCCAGCUCUUUUUAAAGGAUUCCCCUUUACUCUGCAUCCUGGAGAUGUAUGAACUAUGUAUGAACUUCAAAAAAUAUGUUGAAGCUAAAACGAAACUAGAUGAGUUUCAGAUAAGUCUCACAAAACUUAAAACUGCAGAUGAACUAACACCUUCACAAUUACCUGUGCAAUGGUUGGAGUCACAAGCAUUAUUUCUUCUUGAACUGAUGAUGCAACAGUGUAGAACAGAAUAUGAAUUAAGAAAAAUCUUAAAGCUGUUUGCUGCAGCAGAUGAUCUUCUACUUGAUGGCCCUUAUGUGAAGAAAUUGUGUGCACUCAGUGAAACCCUGCAGGAUUCAUCCGUAUCAAUUAAUCACUCCAUUCUAACCAGUUACAAUACAGAGACAUUUCAGAAUGAGUGCAGAUCAAUUCUAGAGCAGCUGCAAGAGAAAGGAAUGUUCUCACUGGCUCGGAAGGUAGCAGAAUUAGCUGAAUUGCCGGUGGACAAUGUAGUUACACAGGAGGUUCUAAGAGAUCUACACCUAUUAAGAAACACUGGACAGUGGCAUCAAAACCAGACAAGAAUUGAAUUCUGGAAAAAAUGUAAUGACAGCUUUGUGAAAAAUUCCAUCUCAAGCAAAACUGCAUCUGAUUUCUUUUUGAAUCAGGCAAACACGGUGUUUCAAUCUUCAGCUCAUGAGAAGAUAAGCACCAUUAUGGAGAAACAUCUGUUGCUUACCCUAGCUGGCCAUUGGCUAGCUAAGAAUGACUCAGUGUCACUGGAUAAGUUAGAAGAAAUAGAGAAGCAGAUCUGGAUUUGUCGCAUCACACAACAAAACUUAUCCACCUGUGAAGGGUCAGACAAAUCGAGAUUUUCUUGCCAUGUUUUAGUGAACAAAGAUCUUACCUUUGAUAAUUUAGCUAAGGAGUUUUCUUUUUCAAAACUGCCUGCUCUGAACACACCAAAAUACUUAAAGCUAGAGGGUUUUGCAUUCAGAGAAUCUCAGCAGACGCUGACUAAUGAUGAGAAGGAAUCGCUCAAGUUUCUGAUUGGGCGCCUUCUUGAUGAAGGAAGUGUGCAUGAAGCCAGCCGAGUUUGUCACUAUUUCCAGUUGUACAACAGAGAUGUUUCACUGGUGUUGCACUGCAGAGCCCUGGCCUCAGGGGAGGCUGAUCUAGACAAAUUACACACAGAUAUUCGAACUCUCCUUGUAGCAAGAGAGAAGACAGAUGAGAACAGCGCAUCUCAGCCAAGCAGAGUCCCAAGCACAUCAGGCUUAGAAGAGUGGACACACAUUGUGGCUCCUUCACCAGAUGAUCAUGUUGUUGUCAGUCUGAAGGCUCUCACAGAUGAAUGUGUCCAUGGGAGAAACUACUGUAGGCAGGUUCUCUGCUUAUAUGAGCUUUCUAAGGAACUGAACUGCUCCUACAGUGACAUGUCAGCCUGUGAUCCUGAAAAAGUGCUUUGUGCAAUUCUGUCAUCCCACCAGCCAGACAGAUGCAAGAAAGCUCAGGCAUUCAUCACCACACAGGGUCUCCAGCCUGAAAUUGUGGCAGAGCUGGUGGCUGAAGAAGUCAUGCAGGAAUUGUUGGUGUCUUCAGAAGGGAAAGGGCAAACACAGGUUCUUAACCCUGCAGUUGAGAGUCAGACAUUCCUACAGCUGGCUAAGCUGUGCAAGGAUCAUACAUUGGUUGGCAUGAAAUUAUUGGAUAAAAUUUCUUCUGUGCCCCGAGGGGAACUAUCGUGCAUUACAGAAUUGCUGAUUUUGGCCCAUAAUUGCUUUAGUUUGACUUGCCACAUGGAAGGAAUCACUAGAGUCCUGCAGGCAGCACGGCUUCUUACAGAUGAACAUUUGGCACCUAAUGAAGAGUAUGGACUUGUGGUUCGUCUUCUAACCGGAAUCGGCCGAUACAAUGAAAUGACCUACAUAUUUGAAUUGCUGCAUGAGAAACAUUAUUUUGAAGUGCUCAUGAGAAAGAAAUUAGACCCAAGUGGGACACUGAAGACAGCUCUACUAGACUACAUCAAGCGUUGCCGCCCAGGAGACAGUGAAAAGCAUAACAUGAUAGCCCUUUGCUUCAGUAUGUGUCGAGAAAUAGGAGAGAAUCAUGAGGCUGCUGCUUGUAUACAGCUUAAACUCAUUGAAUCUAAGCCCUGGGAGGAGUCUCUUCAAGAUGUGGCAAAUUUAAAGAAACUGCUGAUGAAAGCUCUGACUCUCUUUAUUGAUGCAGCAGAAAGUUAUUCUAAGGACUCCUGUGUCCGCCAGGCCUUGCGCUGCAAGCGGCUAACAAAGCUGAUAACCCUCCAGCUGCAUUUUCUGAACACCAGUCAGAGUACUAUGCUGAUUAACCUGAAUAGACAGAACUUGAUGGAUUGCAUCAUAUCCUUGCCUCGAUUCUAUCAGGCUACUAUCGUGGCUGAGGCAUAUGACUUUGUUCCAGAUUGGGCUGAAGUUCUUUAUCAACAAGUGAUCACUAAGGGAGACUUCAAUUACUUAGAAGAAUUUAAACAACAAAGACUACUCAAACCUAGCAUUUUUGAGGAGAUUGCUAAGAAAGUUAAACAACACCCACCUACUGAUGCCGCUCUGAAAAAUCUGAAGAAAUUUCUUUCUUACUGUGAAGACAUCUACACGUACUACAGAUUGGCUUAUGAUAACAAGUUCUAUGAUGUGAAACAGCUACUUGUUUGAAAAUUUCAAUCAGUUACCUUCUUCCUAUAAGCUCCUACCAAGAGAUGUUAAGACUUACAAGAAAAAGAAACUUACAUUCUAAAGAAGUGGUUUUUUGGUUCUUGAAAUAUCUUGUUAGUACCAGGAUAUGCUUCCAGCAGUUACAGAGAAUAAACAGGCAUUUGAAUCCAAAUACAACCUGCAUGUAUCCUAUCAUUUAAAUCCUAAUCCAUUCUUUUUGUAGGCUAUCUAGGUACAACUGAAUGUUGUAUUUAGAUGACACAGUACUUUUGUCAUGCUACAAUUGCAUUGACUUGCUUAAGUAUAACACACUUACCAAAUGUUUCUUUUGCUAACUCAAGGUCUGACUCCUCUUGUAAUUUCUUUAGUCGUAGUUUGUCUGCUAACUGUUCUUCUGGUGUAAGUUCUUUAUGUUCCUCUGGUGCCUCUAACUAAAUUAGAAAAUAUAUAGAGAUAACAGCAUUUAUAUUUCUUACCCUUGAGCAGAGGUAUUACAAAAAAUUGUUGUUUUUUUCACCAGUGCCAUUUGAUUGGUGCACUUCUGCGUGAAGUCAGUAUAACCUCAAGCAGGUACAAAUCUGAAAGACUUCCUAAAUAAGCAUAACAUUGCCAUAUUGUUUAAUAAUUGCUUACUUAUGAGAAGUGGGAAGAAACAUCUUAGUUAAGUUUUACAGCUACAUGUUUUAUCAAAAACACAAAGAUAAGCAUUACUUCAAUAACCCAGUUAAAUUACAGAGACAUCAGAGCUAAUAUCCACCAAAUGCUAUUAUGUACAAGAUUUAUUUUACUAGACUAUUCAAAAUCUUUACAGGUCUUCAACCUCAACAAAAAUCAAACUCAUCCACUAAAUUUAAUGACACAUAGAAGUAUAAAAGAAAAAAAAAAGUACCCUUUUUUUAAGCUCCUCUUGCUUUUUCUUCUGUUGCUUUUCUUUUUCUUUUAUUUUUUCUGCUAUUUUCUUUUUUUCUGAAACUU